UGGUGCCCUCCCCAAAGUCAACUGAGCCUGACAAUUAUUCAUCAGUUGCAUGAAAAAGGGUAUGUGUAUACAUGCGUGUUUGGGGUAGAAAGGAGUGUGUACAAGCAGAAGCUGAAUCACUAGAUUUAGAACCUGAAGAGCCCUUCCAGAUUAUCUGACCCAAUCCCCUUUGACAGGAGGAAAAAAAAAAUGAGGUCUCUGGAGGGAAAUGGGACUUUGCAAAGCCAUUCAAAAUAAGGAAUAUUGAGAUUUGAACCAGUUUUUAAGGAUAGUAUAGAGAGGACUAUUGCUCAGAUAAUGAUUGGAUUAGGUAAUCAAAAUCUCUAAUAAAAAGUUAGCUCUAGUCUCACUUCCAGCUAGAAGGCUACCAUUUUAGAUUUCUAGUGACAGACUAAAAUGGGAAGGUAGGAGUUAAGUGUCUGAGUCCCUCCUUUCUCUAUCCUGAUUGCCUAGCAACGGCUGAGCGUCCCUUGCUAGCUUAGGUCAGCAGCACCAUGGCUGCCACUACUCCUGGGCUUCCUGUGGCCAAGAAGGUGGUGGUAUACCGGAAUGGGGACCCGUUCUCUCCAGGAAGACGGCUGGUGGUCACCCACCGCCGUUUCCCCACUUUCGAGGCAUUUCUUAAUGAGGUGACAAGUGCCAUACAGGCUCCCCUGGCCAUUCGUUCCCUCUACACUCCUCAGCAUGGCCAUGUCAUCACUGACUUGUCAGAGCUUCAGAGCGGUGGGGAGUAUGUUGCUGCUGGCUUUGAACGUUUCCGGAGGUUGCCCUAUAUCUAUCCUGGAGGGGAGAAACCAGGGAGGAAAAACAUCAGAUUCCUGGGUCCUCCAGCCCUCCCAAGACCAAAUUACAGGUCUCCUGGGAGGACGAUCCCAGCUUCGGCCUCCUGCACAAUUCAGGUGUUUAGAAAUGGGGACCUGCUGAGCCCUCCUUUUAGCCUGCAUCUAGACCGUACCUCCUGGCAGGACUGGGGAGCAGUGCUGAGGCAACUGACGGAGAAGGCCCAGCUGAAGGGCGGAGCUGUGAGCGGACUCUGCACACUGGAGGGAGUGCCAGUGUUGGGCAAAGCAGCGCUGGUGAAUGGCGGUUACUACGUGGCCGUAUCAGAUGAUGGGUAUAAGGCCCUACCCUAUUUGGAGCUUCUGGUGCCGAGCCCCUCCUUGCCGGGUGGCUUCUGGCGUCCACCAAGACUUGAACCCAAAACCUAUAGGCAGAAGGCAGACAGCUUCAGGGCUCCAGCAGUCCAGCCCUCCAGGAAAGAGUCCUCCGUUUUCUUUGCCAAACCUGUGCUGGCCCGAAGCCCUCGGAGAAAGCGCCCCCUACUUCAGCCUGAAGAAAGGGGUAUGUAUGGUGCACCCCACAGCAGGAGGGAACUGGCAGGUGCCCAAGAAGUAGAGGAAGAUGGGAAUACAUUGACAGAGGUGCCCUUGGAUCAGAGGGCUGCAGAAAUGGUAGAAGAAACCUGUUUCUUGGAAAAUGCUGCCUAGGAUAGGUAGUAGAGAACUAAACUUGGAUGCUGAAGUGGAACACCAGCGGCUUGGCCCAGCCUCCCUCCCUUCCCUUCCCCAUCCCAAGCCAGCAUUCCAUCAGCAGCCAUAGCUCAGCCUUUUAUUGAACCAAUGGACCCUCUUCUGCGUGGUCUCCCAGCUUCCUGCCAGGAGAGAUCUCAGGCCUUUCUAGUCUGCCUGGCCCACAAACCUGCAGUGAGCCUGCCUGGGAGGGGAAAGCCUCAGCUACCAGGGGAAGGGAAGGAUUGCCUUCCUCCACCCUGUAUAGGGCCCAACAACAAGGUGGGGUGGGGAGGACACAGGGGCCCACACACUUUGGGAGAAGCUCUAGCCUAAUAAAUAGUUUUCUCUGCUUCUGGGUCAUCUGAAUUUUGUUUACCCAUCUUUCCAGACCACAUCCCACUCUAAAGCUUGAACUAGAGAGAAUUUAAGAGAAGCAAAAGCUGGUGAUGAAACUAGCCU